GAGAGAGAGAGUGGAAGACCAGCAGACAGAGCUAAAGAGCUCAGCGGCGCGCGGCUCCGUUUCAGCCUCCGCGAGAGUGGAAUGAGUUUUAAACCCCAGCCAGAGACACGAAUCAGCCGCGGAGGGAGGAGGAGGAAGGCGCUCGUGCUGUAGGGCACCAUUACCAAAUAAAAGUCCUCCGAAAAGCCUUUGCUGCAGGAAAACCCACAAACGCCUCCAUCAUGGUGAUCAUGAGAGAGAACAGUGCGAGUUGUGAGCCCACCGCUGCCCAGGGAAGGCCUCUCCAAGUGGGCUUCUAUGAAAUUCUCCGCACACUGGGCAAAGGAAACUUCGCUGUGGUCAAACUCGCCAGGCACAAAGUGACUAAAACGCAGGUUGCCAUAAAAAUAAUAGAUAAGACACGACUGAACUCCUCCAAUCUGGAGAAAAUCUACAGGGAGGUUCAGAUCAUGAAGCUGCUGAAUCACCCGCACAUCAUCAAGCUUUAUCAGGUCAUGGAGACCAAAGACAUGCUGUACAUCGUAACAGAGUAUGCAAAAAACGGAGAAAUGUUUGACUACUUGACGUCCAAUGGACGGAUGAGUGAGGCUGAAGCACGGAAAAAGUUCUGGCAGAUUCUGACAGCUGUGGACUACUGCCACCGGCACCACAUCGUCCACCGGGACCUCAAAACCGAGAACCUGCUGCUUGAUGCCAACAUGAACAUCAAACUGGCAGACUUUGGGUUUGGAAACUUCUAUAAAGCCGGUGAACCUCUCUCCACUUGGUGUGGCAGCCCUCCAUACGCCGCCCCUGAAGUUUUUGAGGGAAAAGAGUACGAGGGCCCACAGCUGGACAUUUGGAGUCUGGGUGUGGUAUUGUAUGUGCUGGUAUGUGGCUCCCUGCCUUUUGAUGGAGACAGUCUGCCUGCACUGAGACAGAGGGUGACAGAGGGACGCUUCAGAAUACCAUUCUUCAUGUCAGAAGACUGUGAGAAUUUGAUCCGGAAGAUGUUGGUGGUUGACCCGGCCAAGCGCAUCACCAUAGCUCAGAUCAAGCAGCACCGCUGGAUGCUGGCUGACCCCAGCGCACCCCACCAGGCGCUCUCGCACUCUCUUAGUGACUACAAUUCCAACUUGGGCGACUACAGUGAGCCUGUGUUGGGCAUCAUGCAAACAUUGGGCAUCGACAGGCAGAGAACUGUGGAGUCUCUUCAGAGCAGUAGCUACAAUCACUUCUCUGCCAUCUACUACCUGCUGCUGGAGAGGGUCAAGGAGCACCGCACCCAGCAGCUGAACCGGCAGUGCGGGGCGUGGAACCAGAGGAGCAGGAGCACAUCUGAUUCCUCUGGCCCAGAGGUGAUCAUGGAGUCAUCUGACAGCUUCCACACAGCCUUCCCCGUUGCUGCUAAGAUGAACCCACCAGUCCAAUCACAAAUAGAGUGUGAACAAGGAGGUCUAUUUCAGCGGGUGGUGUGCCCAGUAGAGGCUAGUCUGAAUGGGCUGCUGUGGAACCGCUCCAUUUCCCCCAACAGCCUCCUGGAGACCACCAUCAGUGAGGAGGUGCGACCGGGAGACCUGGAAGAAGAGGAGGGAGCCCUGCAGGCUCCGCCCCCACCACUCACAAGCACCGCCUCCCGCAGGCACACCCUUGCUGAGGUCUCGGCCCGUUUCCAUCAGUGCAACCCACCAUGUAUUAUCAUCAGUCCCUCGGAUGGAGCCUCCUCGGACAGCUGUCUGAAGUCUUCAUCUAACCCAGCCCCAGCCCUGUCCGCUGCCGCAGCAAGAGACCUUUCAGCCCUGCUGUCCUCCGGGAUUGGACCUGGUGCCUCAGGACCUGUCGGAGCCCCUCUCGCCCUUUCCUCUAAUCGGCUUCUGCAGAAUCAGGGCAGUCUGCAUGCGGUCAGCUUCCAGGAGGGCCGCCGGGCCUCCGACACAUCCCUCACACAAGGAUUGAAGGCUUUCCGUCAGCAACUGAGGAAGAACACCCGAGCCAAGGGCCUCCUGGGCCUGAAUAAGAUCAAGGGUCUGGCCAGACAGGUGUGCCCUCCGACCUCAUGCCCCAGAGGCAGCAGAGGGUCACUUGGGCCAACCCUGUGCCCCCCAUCAGGUUUGCAAGGCUCUGGCUGCCCCCGGGAACGUCGCAGUAUGUUGGAAGAGGUGCUGCAUCAGCAGAGGAUGCUCCAGAUCCAGCACCAGUCGCAGGUCCAGUCCCAGCCCCAGCAGCAGGCAGCCCUCUUCUUGUCCCAGUCCCACCAACUGCCACCCUCCCCUCCCUCCAACAGUCUCUUUGCCCCGGCUGCCCUGUUCUCCAACCCCCCCAGCCAGACCCCCAACCAGCCCCUAAUCCCAGUGUGCCAGCAGACCUCACUCCCACUCCAGCACAGCCUGUGGCAGCAGCAGCAGCAGAUGAAGCCUGUGGACUCCUCCUCUUCUUCUACAUCUUCCUCAUCAUCAUCCCUUUCUCCAGUAGUGUCCACCGCUCACCUCCUGGAGGCCCGUCUGCAUAUCAGCCAGCAGCCCCACCUCCAGCCUCACCCUCAGGCCCAGCACCUCCAAAACCAAACGCAGGGCCACUUCCACCUCUUGCCCCAGCAGAUGGGCUGGAGCUUGGGCACUAGCAGCAGCCCCCAGGCCUCUGAACUCCAGGAGCAGCUGGCCUGCACUGGACAACAGCUCAGCAGCUGUGUGAUGGUCAAGUAAUGGAAGUAGAAUUCAGUUGACUCCAGAAUAAAACAGAGGGGAGCUUCAAAGAUGUGCAGACGUAUAUGGGAGAAGCCCAGAAUGGACAAAAAAACAGAGAAAAAUGACUCAAAUUGAGAGAAAACCUGGCUUUUCUCCAGCAACAUGCAAUUCCAUAUCAGUGCUCUUGUGUGCAUCUGAUGCAGUGACUGAGUGGAGACAAGCAAAAGAAGAAGCAAUAACCAAACCCUUUUGAGAAGGUCCCACCCAAUACCCUCUUACGAGUAGUCUCCCAAGAACAGCAAGCAAUAAAAGACUGCGCAUCCUGUUGUCUCUGAUCCCGUAAACAUGAAACGUGUCUUCAGAGAACACAAAAGAACUGACCUGAUAACAGAAAAAUGAUUAUGUCAGAGACGGCAGGCUUUCUUCAUACAUUACAUGUAGGAAAUUAGGACGGUUAUGUCUUCCUUAAACUUGUUUUUGUCCAUUUUCUAGGUUCACUUUUACUUUUAGAGCUUUGCUGUUUUUUUCUUUUUUUCACUUCACUGGAACGACCAAAGUUGUUUUCUUCUUCUUUUUUAUUUGCCUUUCUAUGUUGUUUUAUACCAGUCCUUCAAAGAAAAUGUAGUAUCAUUUAUGAGUUAUCCUAAACUUCCAAAACAAAUCCUGCAAUUUCUUAAACUGCAAUGUGAAGAUACGAGCUGAGCGCAAUAUUAGGCGAACUAGAGCUGCUUUAUUAUGAGGCGAGAGGUACGUUUAUCAUGCGGAAAGCAAAGCUAGCUUAAAAAAAAAGCACAAUAGGUACUGCCCUUAAGUUCCGUUAGAUCAGCUGACCGUAAGAUGCGAGAGUGCAUGUGUAAAUGUGUCUGUGCGUGUGUGAUUAUGACCUCCUAUGCUGCUCAGCGCUGUGUCAUGCCUAGACUCAGACACUCUGCAAUGCUGAACGCACACCAGAAUAGCUCUUGUUGUAUGCUUGUGUUUUUUUGCUGAUUUAAUGCUUGGGUUAGAAGUUGCUGUCCAGCUUUUGUCACUUGAUUUCGGACCCACUCAUCAGAAAAAGAAAGAAAAGGCUGACGCUUACUUCUAUAAUCAUAUCACUACCUCCUCCUUCACCAGUAACUCCCUUCACGCUGCGCUAUGUGCACUCUGAAAACAUAAAGGUUCCUUAGUGGGCUUGGACAUUCAGUUCUAGGAAAAACAGUUUGUACAUUAGGAAGAGGUUCUUAGGGACCCCAAAAGUGAUUCUUCUAUGGUGUUCACUGAACCUAGGCACCUUUAUUUUUGUAAGAGUGCACUUGAUUUCUCUUUUUCCAGUGUGAAUUUGCUUGCUUAACCACAAGCGCGAGAACAAAGCAUACGGGAUUAGUGCAAUAUUUCACACUGACAAGUAGUACCAGGUGAAGAAGCUGAUGUAGGAAGCCAGCAGGUACUUUGUCGCCUGAUGGUGAUUUUUUUUUUCAACUUUUUUUUCUAGCUCUGAUUUUUUUCUUCUAACGAUUGUAUGAAAGUACCUGAAACUUUUGGUUCAGGGAAACAGCGCGUGGAUGUGAUUUUGCGCACUAGAGAACGAAGUCUGGCCGUUUCCGUAGUGCUCGUCUUCUUUAUGACACAGGUUGCCUUUGCGUCCUGGCUGGCUUUGAAAAACGUCAGAACUAGAGCGAGCCAGAAAGAGCAGGGAAGAGCAGGAUUUGAUCAAUGGCUGCAAGUGACAGAAAGUCCACUAUUGCACAAAGUGUAGCUUUUACAGUCCUUUACAGUAGCUGCCACUGGUAGGAGACAGAAAAGCAUUUUUUAAAUCCAUCAGUGGACGUAGAGUCUCCCCCAUCUCCAAGGGACCAUGGCUGUACUUAUUAUUAUUCAUAAUAUGCUUUUUUCCUCCACUUAGUAGCAAUAGUGUUUUUAAAUGUGCUUGAGAGACAUUGCAAUAGGUGCUAGAAGUAGAUCGCAAACAGUGUUUCUCUAUGUGAGUGUGCAUGUGUGAGUGUUUGGUAUUUAUUUGUAAUAGUGCAUUUAACAGCGGUUGUUAAAAGCACGUCCCCCACAGAUGAUUCUACUGCAUGUCUGUCGGUUUAUUGUGAUGUUUUUUUGCAAAGGUUAGUUCUUUAGUUGAACCGUACUAAACCAUGGGGAGGGUAUGGGGAAGGGGGGCUCGAAUAAGAGGCAGGUUUUGAAUCCAGUGACUGAAAAAGAUAAGCUGUGGGUGAUCAUGAGAAACAGUGUUAAUUCACCUUGUAUUUAUUUAACCCAUUUUUUGUUUGUUUGCACUCACCGCCAACACUUGUGCCUUUUUUCUGAACAAAAUGAUGAGGAACGCAAAGUUGUUUUCUGGUCUGAUUUUAGGACAUGAUAAAAAAGCACAUUGAGAAAUGUGGUCCUUACGCUUUCAGUAGAUCAGAAGCCCCUUUUUUAAUAUACUUUCUUUUACGUGUUGCUGUUUCAGAAUAAUGCACUUUAUGACGAAUAUUUCUCAUUUUCAAAAUAGUGUUGGUCUCCACUGCUGGGUUAGAAAAAUCUUCAGUGUAACUUCAGUUAUGUUACUUUUGAAACACUAUUUUUUUUUUUGUAACUGUAAAAAAAAAAAAAAGAAAAGAAAAAAA